AUCACUCGCAUAGCCAUUAUAAUCUUCCCCCAAUCAAUUAUUCCUUUAACAACAGAAAAGCUUUUCGAUCAAUCUCAUGCAAGAAGCAAUCCCAUUUAGAACACGCAUCCCGUCCACCGCCAUUGCAGGCGGAAACCGGCAACUUUCUCCGACCGGUAGUGCCAGCAGUAAUGGUAGAAAUGUACUCGUAUCAGCCAAUAGAGAAAAUUAUGUCCAGAAAUUGGUCUUAGAGAAUUCAGUUAUAGUGUUUGGGAAAAGUGGGUGUUGCAUGUGCCAUGUCAUGAAGAGACUGCUGCUAGGGCUUGGUGUGAAUCCCACCGUAUUCGAGGUGGAUGAGAAUGAAGAAGCGGCUGUGAUCAAUGAGUUAUCGAAUAUUAGCUGUAGUAAAGACGUCGGAGAAGGUGAAGUGCAGUUUCCGGUGGUUUUUGUGGGUGGGAAGUUGUUUGGUGGACUUGAGAGAGUUAUGGCUACUCAUAUCUGUGGCGAGUUGGUUCCUAUUCUGAAAGAUGCUGGGGCUUUGUGGUUAUGACUGGACUGCUGCUCUUUUUUCCCCUAAUUUUCCUUUAAUCAUCUUCUCUAAUGUUUUAAGUAUGGGUUCUUUCCCUUAAGAAAUUUCAGAUGGAGGAAUUAUAUAUAUACGUCUUCUUAUUUUGGUA